AUGGCUACGCAGAGAAUAUGUGAAAAUGACAAGCAUGAAAUCAAAUCAUACCCAGUUGGAGAAGAUAAGAGAAGUUCUUGCGCCUUGAGGUUUUGGCGUUUGGAUAAUUUGUUGGGAUGGCUACGGCUUGGGGUAGAUUGGAUUUGUGAGGUUGGGUGUGGGUUUGGAGUGUUAGCUCGGGGUGAGUAUGGUUGGGGGUUGAAAGUGGCUAGGUUGGGGGCGGCGGGUUGUGGUGGUGGGGAAGGGUUGGGUUGUUGUGGUGGUUGGGGUAUUCGGGAGGAAGAAGAAGGAGCGAUCUCAGACUCAGAAAAGGCACAGAAUGAAGAGUUGGAGACGUUCGUUGCUGGAUCUGAGGAGGUGGAGCUUGCAGUCGCUCAUAUUCUUGAAAAGAUCGAACGGUUCACUCAGCUGGUAUCUGAACUUCUGGGAUCAGGGAAGGCCAUGUUUCAGAAGAUUGGUGAUGAAUUCGAAGAGCGGAUGAUUAUGGUGCACAAGGAACAAAUUGAGAAAUGGCAGGAAGAGAUCAGAGAAUUGCGCAUCCUUGAUGCCUCAAAUGAGGAGGCCAAUGCUCUUCUGCAUAAUGCUCGAGGUUUGCUUCACCAUGCUCAUGUUGAUUCUUGA